CACAGAGGGGAGAAGAAGAAGAGGAGAACUGACCACUGACGCUUUUAAUGACUUUUCGACGCACUGGGGAACUUUUUGUCCAUGUCACCAGCAAACCUAAGACCAGGACACCCAUCAUCCUGCAGCAAGCUGUGUGACUUAUCCGCGGAUUAAUUGAACCAGAUUGGGAUUCGAUAGACUGGUUAUGGAUUUUAACCUGCUGACGGACAGUGAAGCCCGCAGCCCGGCGCUGUCGCUCUCCGACUCCGGGACCCCGCAGCACGACCAGGGGUGUAAAGGCCAGGACAACAGCGACACAGAGAAAUCCCACCAGAACCAGCUGGAUGAGUCCAGCGCUGAGGAUGGCUCUCUGAAGAAGAAGCAGCGAAGGCAGAGGACUCACUUCACCAGCCAGCAGCUCCAGGAGCUGGAGGCUACCUUCCAGAGGAACCGCUACCCUGACAUGAGCACCAGGGAGGAGAUUGCAGUGUGGACCAACCUCACUGAAGCACGGGUCAGGGUAUGGUUCAAGAACCGACGUGCCAAGUGGAGAAAGCGGGAGAGGAACCAGCAAGCAGAGUUAUGCAAAAAUGGCUUUGGUGCCCAAUUCAAUGGACUCAUGCAGCCAUACGAUGACAUGUACACCGGCUACUCCUACAACAACUGGGCCACAAAGAGCCUAGCAAGCAGCCCGCUCUCCGCCAAGAGCUUCCCAUUCUUUAACUCAAUGAAUGUAAGCCCCUUGUCAUCCCAGCCUAUGUUCUCCCCUCCCAACUCCAUCCCCUCCAUGAACAUGGCCUCUAGCAUGGUGCCCUCAGCGGUGGCAGGAGUUCCUGCCACUGGGCUCAACAACCUGGGCAACCUCAACAACCUCAACAGCCCCACGGCACUAAACUCGGUAGCAGUGACUGCAGCCACCUGCCCCUACGCCACCACAGCCAGUCCCUACAUGUACAGAGACACCUGCAACUCCAGUCUGGCCAGCCUGCGGCUCAAGGCCAAGCAGCACACCAACUUUGCAUAUCCAGCAGUGCAGAACCCCGUGUCCAACCUGAGCCCCUGCCAAUACGCUGUAGACCGGCCGGUAUGAAGAAGAAGCUCUGACACGAUCCUAGACCCGACUGACCAGCUGUAAGUCCACUAUUACCCAACUUCACAUCUCUCUUCAGUUCCAUCUUCAAACUACCAGAUGUCCUGCAGACUGAAAAAUCAUAUUUUGAUGGUACACAGUGAAAAUAAUUGUCAAAAACUGAUGCAGCAAAUAGACAUGCCCAGAUGGACCACCAUGUUUCAAAGGAAUUCUUUCCAGUUUUGGAGACUUUGUCACUGAACUGACCAACUGCUUCAAAGGAUUUCUAAAGAUUAUUAUCCAUUAUCAUUUUUUCUCUUCUGUUGGACUGCAUGAUUAGAGCAAACAUAGAAUCAAGGGUAAAUAAAACCUGGAUGCUUCAA